UUGGACUGGCGGUUCAACUUGGAGAGUCUUUUACAGUAGACAUUUUUUCUUACAUGAAAUCCAAGGAACUAAUUAACCACUUAUUUGAAUCUUGUAAAAAUGGGAGAUCAGUAUGUGAAUUGCAUUGUCUUACCUUAAAAACUGGUCUCAUCACCAACAGUCUGUUUCUCACUAAGCUAAACACUCUGUAUGCGAAACACUCUACUUUACAAAAUGCACGUAAACUGUUUGACGAAACGUCGCAUCCAUCUGUUUACCUUUGGAAUUCGUUGCUCAGAGGUUACUGCAGAGAGAAACAAUGGAAAGAAACUAUACGUCUCUUUAAUCAAAUGUUGUCUCAGAGUAUUGGAGCAGGUGAUAGGCCAGAUAAGUUUACAGUACCAAUUGCUAUUAAGGCUUGUGCUGGUUUAUGGGAUCUUAAAACUGGGAAAGUAAUUCAUGGGUUGGUUAAGAAGAAUGAUAAGAUGAAGUCGGAUAUGUUUGUGGGUUCAGCAUUGAUUGAGCUGUAUGCUAAAUGUGGAGAAAUGGAGGAUGCUUUUAGAGUUUUUGAGGAGUUUCCUGAACCAGAUGUUGUUUUAUGGACAUCGAUGGUUACUGGGUAUCAGAAGAAUGGAAAUGCCAAAGAAGCGUUGAGUUUCUUUUCCCAGAUGGUGAUUAAUGAAGGCCUUACUCCUGAUCGAGUGACCCUUGUCAGCGUUAUUUCUUCUUGUGCACAAUCGACGAAUCUUUUGGCUGGAAAGUCUGUUCAUGGUUUAACUAUUACAAUGGGGUUUGAGAAUGACCUAUCACUGGGUAAUUCUUUGCUGAACUUAUAUGCAAAGACAGGUUCCAUCAGAAGCGCGAGGAACUUGUUCGCGAAGAUGCACGAGAAGGAUGUGAUUUCCUGGAGCUCUAUGAUUUUGUGUUACGUUCAGAAUGAGGAGCCUGAUGCAGCGUUGGAUCUUUUUGAGGAGAUGGUUAAGAAAAAGUAUGAACCAAAUUCGGUUACAUUAGUUAGUGUAUUACAAGCAUGUGCAGCAGCUUCUAAUGUAGAUGUAGGUAGGAGAAUCCAUGAGUUAACUAAGCAAAAAGGGCUUGAAUUAGAUGUAUCAGUCUCUACUUCUCUGCUAGACAUGUACAUGAAGUGUUCUUGCUUAAAUGAGGCAGUUGAUAUUUUCAAAAGAAUGCCCUACAAGGAUGUUGUCUGCUGGGCUGCUUAUAUCAGCGGGUUUGCUCAAAAUGGAUUAGCACAUGAGUCAUUGGGUAUAUUUCGUAAUAUGUUAUCUGAUGGAACUAGGCCUGAUGCAGUUACAAUGGUGAAAGUCCUAAUGGCCUGUGCAGAACUAGGUGUUCUUCAACAAGCUCUCUGCCUCCAUGGUUACCUGGUUAGUAGUGGUCUUGAUGACAAGGUUUUUGUUGGUGCUGCACUGAUAGAUUCGUAUUCAAAAUGUGGUAGCUUGGAUAACUCGAUCAGAGUUUUUGAUGCUCUGAGUGAGAAGGAUGUUGUCGUUUGGAGUUCGAUGAUUGCAGGCUAUGGGAUGAACGGUUUUGGUAGGGAAGCAGUCAGGAUGUUCAAUCUGAUGACUGAAUGCCCAGGGAUUUUACCAAACCAUGUCACAUUUCUCUCAGUUUUAUCUGCGUGUAGUCAUACAGGAUUUGUGGAACAAGGUAUUAAGAUCUUUGAUGAGAUGGUUCACAAAUACAAAAUUGAGCCUAAUUCAGAGCAUCAGAGUGUAAUGGUUGACCUGCUUGGCCGCAGAGGUAAAUUAAACAAAGCCAUGGAGUUCAUUGAGAAGAUGAAAGUUAAAUGUGAACCCCAUGUUUGGGGUGCAUUGCUUGGUGCUUGUAGAAUUCACCAAAAUGUUGAGAUGGCAGAGAGAGUGUCUAAGAAGCUAUUACGACAAGACCCAAACCAUGCUGGGUAUUAUGUAUUGUUAUCUAACAUAUAUGCUGUGGACAAGAAAUGGGACAGUGUUGCAAGAAUUAGAAAUUUGGUGAAGGAGAAGGGACUAACCAGGAUACCUGGACAAAGUUGGGUCCAGGUUAAAGACAGGGUCUAUACUUUUACAGCUGCUGAUACUUCACGCCCAGAGUCCGAGUAUGUGUAUCAGUUGCUGAGAGAAAUUGAGGUGAAAAUGAAAGAGGAAGAUCAAAUUUCUGAUACUGAUUUCAUACUGCAUGGAGUGUAGUUCAGAUGAACAUUUUACAUGUAAAUCGGUAAAGAAACGAGAAAGAGCUUUAUGCUCAAGAAAAAAUGACUAUAAAGUAGAGUUUUAUGAUGAAAUGUGUCAGAGGCAAAAUACUAUUUAUCCACUUAUCUCAUCCUGAAUCUGUUGCUCUGUUUAUGUCCAGGGGCAGGGGGAGGGAUCUCCAAAAGGGUAAGAUUUCAUUACUAUUAACUUCAGUUUUUAGUGUUUUCCUCUUUAUGAAUUGAAAUUUCAGAAAGAAAAAAAAAAUAGUAUCCUCUCCAACUUUUUCAUGUUGUGUACACGUAUAUCUCACUAUCAGACACGUGUAUAUAAAGAGGUACGUGGAAAGCAU